AAGGCAUGGCGCCUAUCCAGUUCAACAAUCAUGUAGCUGCAGCAUCAUUCAAUUCGCAAAGAACCACCAAGUGCACAUCUCUUUAGCGCUGCAUAGCUCGCACGUUGAUACCAGCUCUUGAGUACUUCGUAAAGGGACUGCAGCCAUCUCUCAGCCUUCAGUCGAGCGGGCAACCAGCUUUUGAAUCUCACGACACCCCUCCGUACGCAAAGAUGGUGGUACCUUUAGAAGUUGAGUUACACAGGAGAGGAUCGCUACACGCACCAAAGGAGAAGCACAAUGUAGACCGACCUUGGUCGAAUGGAUCCAGGGCAGCUCUUCUGUCCAGGAACCCACAGAAGGCAUCGGCGGUGGCUAGUGUCAGUCCAGCAGAGGCAGACGGGUCAGCUGUGGAAGAGGAGAAAAAGCUGCUCGGCAAGCGGGGCCAAAAGCUGAAGCAGGCGGGGAGGAUCAACUGCCUGACCUAUAUCCCAGAGGCGAGAGUGAUCGCAGCUGGCCGCGAGGAUGGAAAGCUCCUUCUAUGGAAGGUUUGGAAGACCGAAGGAUGCAACCGAGAUGUGACUGUGUUGGCUGGACACAACGGCCGUGUUUCUAGCUUGAUCCACAUGCCUUCGAAUACAAGGGGUGCAGGAUCAUAUCUCUUGUUCAGCGGGUCUUCUGAUCUCAGUAUCAAGGUUUGGGACCCGAGCUUGAGAGUCCCUGAGAAGGUUUGCAUCCAAACCCUUACGGGCCAUGGGGGAACAGUCACCUGCAUGGCACUGGUUGGACGGAAUAACCUCGUAAGCGGCAGUACGGAUGCAACAGUCCGUCUCUGGAGGGCAGGGGCCAAGGACCAAGGAGGAUCGUCUCCAUCAUUUACGCUGCACAGGACGAUCGCUGUAAUGGACGACUGGGUGAACGCCAUGUCGUUUGACACCACGAGACGAGUUGGCGACCUGGGGAUCCUUUACACGGCAGAUAGUGCCGGCGGGGUGACGGCCUUCCUGCCGCAAGUAGCGGAAGGCAUGUGGAGACCCGACGGAACGGCGCCCCUCGACUUCAACCCCGCAGGGGCUGCAACGUCUUACGGUCUCCUUGGGUCAGCUAAAAGCGUGCGCCUAUUUGGGAUGGGCGCCUCGAGCCGCGGCACUUCGGCCGCCUCCCGCUCGUCCGACAGUCACGGCCUUUCCACCCGGGCGUCAUCCCGGGCGACUGACGUCAGCGUCCCGGCCACCCCGCUUCUCAGUCAGUCGCCUGAAAGCCCAACCCCUCCCCGCACACGCUCUCCAAGUCCUCUUCGCGCGCGCUCGCCCGAACCUCCAAACCCUCCCCGCGCGCACUCCCCCGGCGCUUCCAGCCGUUCUCCAGCGCGCUCGCCUGAUUGUUCAAAUUCAUCACGCGCGCGCUCACCGGACCCUCCGAGCCGUUCCCAAGCGCGCUCGCCCGAACCUCUCAACAUACCCUCCGCGCGCACGCCCGAACCCCUGAGCCUCGCAUGGCAAGAACGCGCGGCCGCGCCGCUCGAGCGCAUCAGCGAGGGCGUGAUCCCCGCCCCGGCGUCGCCUGAGAGGAAGAUGAGGAUCCCCACGCGCUUCUCGCCGGACGUCGAGGCGCACUUGGACGCCAAAGAAGCAGAAGCGGAGCGCGAGCGGAGCGGAUCCCGUGCAUCCACCUCCACCCGGGAUGACUCCUCGGCCCCGAGCCUUUGUCGCAACCCGAGCCUGAAUGCCAGGAAGGGCAACGUGAAACUCGCCCCGGCGCCGGUAUCGGUUCAGGUUCCAGCGACCGUGAUGUCACCGAAGCCAGCGUUCUUGAGGCUGGAGAAAGCUGGCGUCAGCCACGUGCUGUACCAAGCGACACAACAUUUGGUGGUGACGCUGGCGCGAGACCAGAGAGCACGUGCCUACGACGAGCAGCGCGGAAGCAUGCUGUUUGCGUACGAGAACCCGCACCAGUGCCUCUUCACGGGGGUCGCUUGGGACCGCGCGCAUCAAGAGAUCAUUCUCGUCGACGAUGCAGGCUACGUCCACGUGUACAGUCUGCACCUUCCUGGGAUCUCCUGCUCUCAGCAAAUUUCGUCGGACGCCUGCACGGGCGUCCUCUUCCUAGACGACUGCGACACCAUCGCGGCCGCGUGCGGCGACCACGUGGUCUUCCUCCGGGCGGAGCGCGAGCGGGACUUCCACACGCUCAGAGACAGCCACCGGGGGCCGGUGGUCGCCUUUUCGUACAUGGAAAAGGGGAAAGCGGCGCCCGGGGGAAGGGACUCCGAUUGGCUCUUUAGCGCGGGCGCGGACGGGGCGAUCAAGCAGUGGGACCUGGACUCGAUGACAUGUCGCCUGACGCUGCGGACAGGAAAGGCGGAGCCGAGCUGCCUGCUUUUCUGCGACGAGGAAGAGAGGCUCGUUUGCGGCCAUGAGGACGGGAGCAUCAGCCUAUGGAAUCUGGACACGCGGCAAGCGCUCAUGUUGCGGGAGCAGAGCAACACGAUCACUGGCUUGGCCUACUUCUCACGAAAGAAUGGGGACCACUGUCUGGCGACCGCAAGCUUCGAUGGCACGGCGUCCGGCCCCCUCCGCUCCGCUUUCCGUCUGCCCGGCACGCCCAUUCCACGCGCGUUCCGCUCUUCCGUGCAGGUAGCGGUUUGGAACAUACACAGCACCCCUGAUGCGUCCCCGCACCUCAUUGAGAAGUUCGUCGCGCAUGAGGAUGCGGAAAUCCUGUGCGUUGCACACUCGACAAGACAUGAGCUGCUCUUCACGGCGGGCAACGACCUGACAAUCAAGGUCUGGGCCACGGUACGCUACACCGAGCCGCGGGGCGCGCUCUGCGGCCACGAAGCGCCGGUCACGUGCCUUCUGCUAGAGGGGGACCUGCUCUUCUCGGGCUCAGAAGACGGCACCAUUCGGAUAUGGGAUAUCUCGGUGGAUUUGGCGUGCGCCCUCCAAAGGACUCUUGAGGGCCACAAGAGCCCCGUGACGGACUUCGCCGUCCAGAAAGUGACCGGGCGCCUCUUGUCCAGCUCGCAGGACAUGCGGGUUCUUGUGUGGGACUACGAAAAGGGUCACCUGCUGAAGACGAUACCCUACGGCGAUGAGCUGCGGUGCUUGGCAGCAAGAGCGGAGAAUGAAGAGAUCCUCGUCGGCACAACACAGGGCAGCAUUCUUGUGUACGGGUGUGGAGCUGAAGCGGCAACGGAUCUAAUUGUGCAACGGGACGGAUCCGAGGGGGAAUCGCUUAUGGAGGAAUUAGAGUCUCGGCUGCAAAAAGAAGGUCAACCAAGGGAACAAAGUCCUUUGUAAGUGAGGAGAAGCGAUAAU